UUUUACACACUAAACACUGAAUCAUCAUUUUGUAAAAUAGAAUGCUAAAUAUGAUUAGUACGGUAGCUUUGGUCUAAUGUUGAUUUAACAUUCUAGAAAACGAGACGAAAUUGUUAUUGAAACACUUUAAGAAAUUGUCAUUUCUGUUCGAAAAUGUCAUUGUUUGGGCAUUUUGGUUUAAUGGACGACGAGAAUGAUCCAUUUUUUGGGGGCCACCUGCGACACAUGAACAACUUCAUGAGCUCGAUGAUGGGUGACCCAUUCAGCAUGAUGAGCUCCAUGGGGCUGGGCUUCCCGGCGCUGGGCAGCUCCGUCAUGCCGGCCGCGCAGAGGCGCCAGCAAGGGGGCGGUGGGUCCCAUCUCCUGCCCAUCGGCUUCCCCAGCAUGGGCGGCAUGAUGCAGAGCUUCGGGCCACUGGGAGGGGCCAACUGCCACACCUUCAGCCAGAACACCGUCAUGACGAUGACCAGCGGGCCGGACGGCCGCCCCCAGGUGUUCCAGGCCUCGUCGUCCACCCGCACGGCCCCCGGCGGCGUCAAGGAGACCAAGAAGACGCUGUGCGACUCUCGCACGGGCACCAAGAAGAUGGCCAUCGGCCACCACAUCGGGGAGCGCGCGCACAUCAUGGAGCGCGAGCAGAACCUGGUGUCGGGGGAGCGCGACGAGCGCGAGGAGCUCAUCAACCUGGACGAGGAUGAGGCCGAGGCGUUCAACCAGGAGUUUGAGCACAAGUCUCGGCAGUACGUGCGCGGGGCGCUCACGGCCGGCGGAGGGGGGAGGCUGCCCCGACAGCGCGACCUGCCGGCCCUGCCGGCCCUUCCUCCCGCCAGUAGUGGACGUGUGAGGGCGCGGGAUACGCACCGGAGCCCUGCGGCCGUCUCCUCUCACAGCAAGCUGGUGGAGCUGGACGAGGAAGCCGUGCGUGCCCGCAAGCGCGACCGCGAGCCGGAGACGGCCCAGCCGCACGAGGGCGGCCGUGUCAAGGUGAUGAAGCGCAGCCCCGUCGUGGUGGACAGCGACAACAGCGACGGCUGAGACGCCCGUCUCCAGACUGUCUGUGCGUCUCGCCACUUCCUACUUGAUCGUUUAAAUGUAAUGUGUCGAUGUGGUCAGCUAGUAGUUCUGCAGUGUCACUAUGGAUUUUUAUUGAAUUCAAACCGUAUUAGGCCAGUGUGUUUGCUAUUGAACUUUACGUAAACAAGAAUUGUUUGGUCUGGUAAAAAAAUUUUAUAAUUUUUAGUUCAUUACAGUUAUUUGAUUUCGGGUUAUUAAAACAGUGGUUGAGUUUUUGUAUGAUUAGUUUAUAUUUUAUAAUUAUUACAUUUGUCAGGAGUCCUUGGUUGCAAGACACGGUCAGUGUUGUUUUUACUUCGAGUAAAUGCUUUAAGGUAACACGAGGCUCCUGAACGUGACAGUUGUGUUGAUUCACAUCCAGGGUGGCUCUAAGCGUGGCCAGUAGAAAUAUGUUCUCCAGAUUUACCAUAAACAUGUGGCUGAAAAUAGACUAGGCACCCAUUGCUUGCUGAAAAUUACCUAUGAGUAAAGUGAAAACAAAAAAAUACAUAUAUUAAAAAUGUAUAAUUUUGGGAGUCAAAUCCAGCCUAGACAUAAUAAAAAGCUAAUAAAUAAGCAAUGUGAAUUUCAGCCAAUCACAGUUUCUUCUUGGGCAUUGUAAUAAAAGUGGGUAUAAAUUACAUUGUAGUUGUCAGAAUAAUUGAUAUGCUGCCCUCAAAUUACAUAAUUUCUACUGUUUAUUUUUAGAAAAAUGACCUAUUUGUAAUGGAAAGUUAUGAAAAUUCAAAAAUCACAAAACAGAAUUCUGUUAGAUUUUUUAAUUAUGUAAUUUUUCAAAUCUCUGAGGGAAAAAAAUGUCAUUGUAAUUAGGUUGAUAUGAUAUUUUCUAGGAGAGAGGUCAGGGUGUGUUGAACGUGUACAGUGCAGUAACUGGUCCGUCUGGUGUGCCUCCGCUGUGAUGGCUGAUGUGGCCAGCACAGGUUCUCUGGAGGCCUUCAUGUGGACUCAGUGCGACAGUUCUGGACAACCAAAGUGGUGAUAGUCAUCAGGGGUGGAUCCCCCCCCCCCCCCCCCCACCUCCUUCCCAAAAGCGUAAAAUAUGCACUUGACCCAAACUACUACUUUUUUCACAUUCCCCACAUACACCCAGAAGUCAAUCCUGGAUCCGCUACUGAUGGUCAUCAGAACUACUGGAAUAGCAAGUAGAAAGGAAAAUUCGUGUUUUGUCAAAUAUCAUGGAAAAAAAUAUAUUAAAAUGGCAAAAAUAUAUAUCUAAAAAAAUAUAAUAUAUAAUGCAGAAAAAUUAGCGAAUGAUCUCACAUUUGUAGCCCCUCUUCAAAUUAAAUUUUGUAGUUGGUAUUUUUCCAUUAGGUGGCUGGGCAUUUAUAAAUUUAAUACUAAUGUAUCCUCUAGAAAACGCCUUCCUGCCGAAACUAUUUGUAAUCAUUAAGCAAUAGUAAAUAGUUAGGGGUUUUAAUAGAAUGAAGCAGAACUCUUGUAGUUUUCAAGAAAAUCCACUGUAGUCAAGAGUAAAGUGGAAAUAAUCAUAUUUUUCUUGUGAAAAAUAUGGUUAUUUCCACUUAGCUGAAAAGGCCUCCAGAUCAAACACCUUAGUGACCAUGACUUACAAUUAUUUUUCCUUUUUAAUCAUUUGUGUUCGUAAAUUAAAGUCAACUUGUAAAGAAAUAUUUACAUAAACUGGUUUAUUUAUUAAUUUUUUUAAAGGAAUGUCCAUAAAAAGGGUUUAGCAUGAUAUGUUUUCAAAAACUUGCUUUAUACAUAUUACUCUGUGUUUAUUUUUGGUACAGCGAUGAGUUAAAUAAUUUAAUUUGACAACCUUGACGUGGUGAACUGAGGUGACUAAUUGAGCAUGGAGAAAAUUUCUCGACAUUCUAAGUUGCCUUUUCAGUAAGUAGCAUUGAAUCAGGAAAUAUAUCAUGAAGAGCGUGCAGAAAUUUGUGAAUUGCCUGGUUAGUUGACAGACGAAUGUCUGGAGGACAUAUGGACGAAUGCAACGGGCUAUUGUAAUGCCGGCUUAGAAAUAGCUUCUAAACUUAUUAUUUUCUACCAAAACCGUUCUUUUCUCCAAACGCUUUAGAAAACACUACACAUAUUCUAUUUAAAAAAAAAAAAAACAUUUAGAACAAUUGUAAAAUGGAAGUUCCUGUUAAAGAGUUUUAAGUUUCAUGUGAAGAUUGAGUUGAUGGCCCUUGGACGAGAACCAAUGAAGUGUGGUGAAGUUAGGCCCGUAUGGUGAGUCCCAGCACUAGCGGCACCAGACAGCUGACUGCGCGGCUUCCACUGUUGGUCACUAUUUUGUAUUUAUCAUUUUAUUCGAGUUGCUACCAUGGUAUUUUAUUUUGUAGCAGUAGCUGAGAUCUUACGAAUUUCAUGUGUUUGCAAUACAAAUGUAUAAUUUUGUUGUGCAAGUAGUUGGGAAUAAAUAAAAUCCAAGAGUUA